CCCGCUCACUGCUCUGCUGAACCACGCCGAAGCACCCAGCACACAGAGCACCAAUGUUUUUUCUACGAUGGAGGUCCGCUGAGAUGCUGGCUGUCUCCGUCUUGGGACUGCUGACCUUCAAUGCUCAUCCGUCGACCGCAGCGGCAGCGGCACCAACUGCAACCGAGCUCACGGUACGGGUCCGAAUGUCCGACGGGUCGGUGAAGCGCGUGCAGGCCCAGGCACGCGACACCGUGGAGGACGUCUGCGAGCGGUUGGGAUGCGAGCCCGAGGCGGGCGUUGCGAUCGAGGAAGACCCAGAGGCGGCAGUGGAAGUCUCUUCCACGCUGAAGGAGCUGUCGGUGGGGCACGGCGGUUGGCUCUACAUGCUCAGGGAUCCGGACGACCCCGGGGCGGAUACGGCGGCGGCCAUCCGGAGGAUGAAAGAGGCGAGGACGAGGGCGAUCAAGGGGGGCGGGGUGAAGGAGGUCAAGACCCUGAAGGCCCUCCAACAAGAGCUCAAGGCGGCCAAGGGCAUGCUGGUCGUGGUCGACUUCUACGCGGAUUGGUGCGGCCCAUGCAAGCAAAUCGCGCCCGUAUAUAAGGAGAUGGCGAAGGAGUUCCCGAAGGCCGUCUUGCUCAAGGUUAACGUCGACACCAACAAGGAGACGGCGCAGAAAUACGCGGUCCAAUCCAUGCCGACUUUCGUCAUGAUCAAGAACGGGAAAAAGGUGGACGAGCUCAAGGGAGCGGGGGAGGACGCGCUGCGACAAGCAAUCUCCCGAAACGCGUGAUCGAGAAUGUGUCCAGGCUGUGGCUGAACCAGAGGGGCAAAAUACGCACCUGCUGCGCGUAGGGUUCUGGUUCUGGUUUGGAUGUGAGCGUGAAAGCUCUUGUUUUUGGCAACAAAUCCAUACAACGCUGUGUGUCGGAACAGAAGUUGAAUGGAUAUGUAGGCGAGCGGCGAAGAUGUCGUCGGUUCGAACCCGUGGCGUCUCCUCAACGUAGUGUGGCCGGUGACUGCACCGCCCGCUGCAGGGGCCGGUUCAGCAGUUUCCCUUUGUCGUGUGGUCCCCUUAGCCGUGUUGCAGCGUGUAGCAUUCGCUCGCGAACACCAGGCAGAUCUUUUGCCGUGCGUUCUAGAAUGUAACGACAUGCGCCGGCCAAAUUGAGCUGUUUGCCCGUCUAGUUGGACAAGAAUGAUGUAGGCGAUGCCUCUUGCUCUGCAAUGCGCUACAACAAGAACAUUUUGUGAUUUC